UUUAUAUUUAAAUAGAUAUCUAAUUUUUGUAUAUUUUAUUUACAACUAUUAAUUAAUUUGAUUAUAGUUUUUACAAAUUUUCACCCCUUUUUUUUUCCCUUAUGGCAACUUAAGUUCAUAAACUCGAUAAGUUUAAUUUAAAAUAGUACUAAAUUCCGGCGUCAAAAAAGACUUCCAGAGAAGCAGAGAAUGACAUUAGAGAGAUAAGGUUGAGGAAAUUAAAAAAGAAACUAACCACAUGUUUUUAUGGAUAGCGCAAUGUGCUGUUAUCAGAAAGAGAGUGGAAUUGAAGAACAUGAUGGCUACUGAUGCAGAAGAAAAUCAAGUAGAACACGACUCUUGUUAUGAUAUGAUACCAUGAAUUAAGUUCUUAGUUGAAUAAAGAAAUUUUAUUGAAAACAGAGUGAAACAUGGUGGAAGCAGAUCAUGAAGAUGGAGGUUAUGAUAGGAACAAGGAAUUAAAGCUUCUUGAUGAAACAAAAGCAGGUGUGAAGGGUCUUGUUGAUGCUGGUUUGACUAAGUUACCAAAAAUAUUCGUUCAUGAUAACCAUAAAGUCAACGUUUCUUCUCCUUCUUCUUCCUCUUCUGCUACCAAUGUUAGUAUUCCAGUUAUUGAUUUGGGAUCACUACACGAAGAAGGUAAUUCACGCCAUGAGAUCGUUCAGAAAGUCAAAGAUGCAGGUGAAAAAUGGGGGUUCUUUCAAGUGGUCAACCAUGAAAUUCCACAGAGUGUUUUGGAUGAAAUGCUUGAUGGGGUGCGUAAAUUUCAUGAGCAUGGGGUGCGUAAAUUUCAUGAGCAAGAUGCUGAGGUGAAGAGAGAAUUCUAUUCACGUGAUAUUACAAAGAGAGUGUUCUACAACACCAACUUCAAUUUUUCUACUUCAGAGGUUAAUUGGAGGGACACCCUCUAUUGUUUAUUGGCACCAGGACCCCUUGACCCUCACCAACUCCCUUCUAUUUGCAGGGAUGUAAUAAUUGAGUACUUAAAUCAUCUUAAAAAACUGGCACUCACGCUGUUAGAAUUACUUUCGGAGGCAUUAGGCCUAGAAGGCAAUUAUCUCAAGGACAUAGAUUGUGCUGAAGGGAUUUUCAUGGUUGGAAAUUAUUACCCUCCUUGCCCUCAGCCUGAACUCACUUGGGGGUUAAGUUCUCAUACGGAUUUGGGGUUUGUAACUAUUCUUCUACAAGACCAAGUUGGUGGACUUCAAGUCUUUCAUGAAAAUCAAUGGUUUGAUAUCACUCCCUUUCCUGGUGCUUUCAUCAUUAACGUGGGUGACAUGAUGCAGCUGAUCACAAAUGACAAGUUUAUGAGCGCCAAGCACGGAGUUCUUGCACAGAAAGUAGGUCCACUAGUUUUGGUUUCAUGUUCUCUGAGACAACAUGUUCAGGAUGAAUGUCCAAGAAUGUAUGGACCAGUAAAAGAGUUGGUGACAGAAGAGAGUCCUCCAAUUUAUAAGGAAAUAAAAAUGCAGGACUUGAUUAAACUGGCGUAUACCACAAUUCCACAAAGCUAGAUGACGAUGUCUCUCCACUAAAAUACUUCAGGAUAUGAAGCAUCAAGAAUUAAAGAUAUUCCUGUAUGAAAGUAUAUUAAUUUCAAACUUUCUCGAAGAAUUCU